AGGGCCUUUUGGGACUGAAAAUUAAAGACCUCUCUCCAGGGGAAAAAAAAAAAAAUACGACGUUUGGUUUUGGAUGGGGUCUAGGAUCCCAUUCUUAAGCCAUGGGAGCAGGCGAUUUUACUGCCAAAGCCCCUGGGCCCCUCGGAAACUCCGUCUUUCUCCCACAUGCCCGGGUGGGGCUGAAGAGGCGGUGCUUCGGGCCUCCUUAUCUCCAGAGCCAGCCUUGGCUCCCUGGCGCGGGGCCCCUCAGUCCGGGCUUUUUGCCAUGGGGUCUCUGUUCCUCCUCUUGGUUCUGCUUUUGCUGUCGCCCUCUUCCCCGCGAGGCGGGAGCGCGCGGAGGCGCCGCAGUGCGCGGUCGCACGGCCCCGGAGGCAGCUCUCCCGCGCCCUCGGAGACCUCAGCACUUUUCUGGGUGCUCAUAAGUCCCGAGUUCAAGGCCGUGCCGCCGGGGGGCUCAGUGUGGCUCAACUGCAGCAGCAGCUGCCAGCAACCAGAGGGUUCCAGCCUCCACACCGAGCUGCGGCGGGGGGAGACGCUCAGUGGACCACGUUGGGUAUCCUACCAGCUGCUGGAUGUGAGGGCCUGGAGCUCCGAUGUGCACUGCUUCGUCACCUGCGCCGGAGAAACUCGGGGGGCCACCGCCAGGAUUACCGCCUACAAACAGCCACGCAGCGUGAUCCUGGAGCCUCCGGUCUUAGCAGGCGGCGAGUACACUCUGCGCUGCCACGUGACGCACGUGUUCCCGGUGGGCUUCCUUGUGGUGACUCUGAGGCGCGGUGGCCAGGUCAUCUACUCCGAGAGCCUGAAGCGCUUCACCAGCCUACAUCUGGCCAACGUGACGCUGACAUACGCGUUAAGCGUCAGGCCCGGUGACUUUGGGCAGCCUGUUACCUGCCACGCCCGCCUCAAUCUCGACGGCCUGGUGGUCCUCAGUAGUUCGGCACCCAUGACGCUGCCAGUUUUCGCUUGGAGCCCUGCGUCCAAAGCCUUGGCCUUCACCUCCAUCGCAGCCCUUGUGGGAAUCCUUCUUGUCAUGGGCAUCCUUUGCAUGCAUAAGUACCUACUGAUACAGUCUCAGAGGUAGAGGCAGUGGUCCAUGCUGGCUGAGCUGGAGGAAAAAGGAAUCUGGAACAAUUUGUGGAACCUUGCCUGGAUCAAUAAAGUCUUCCUCAGCCAGCUUCUACCCUUGGGCAUAAAGGUCCCCCAUUAGCGCACCUCCUCUAACCAAGUGGUCUUGUUUUUUGGCCUUGCCUCUAUCAUUUUCUCCAAGUUCCUUUUUUCCUUGAGGGCAUCUUAGGUUUCCUAACUCUGAUCUCCCAAACCGAAGCUGCAAUCCCUCUGCAUUCCCAGCCGGUGUAGUAAAAACCUUCCACAGGCAUUAUCAGUGCAGAGCAGAAGGGCAAAUCCUGGGCCUUGGGAGGCUUUAGGCUGUGGGAAGGCUUGUUCCUGGUAUGGCUUCUCCUGAUUGGCUCCAGAGCUACCAGCAGCAGCUCUCAUUGGAUGUUAAGUUUACUUCCCCCUUCCACUUUAGACUCUGCAUUUUCCUCGAGGGUAGGAGUGGGAUGAGAACUAAUCCCCCUAUUUCACCAUUAGCUCUGGGGGUGAGAGCGCAGAUGGGUGGGGUCAUAUGUACUUUUGGGGGGACAUGGAUACAGAGAACAAAUACCAUGUGGUGACUGUGGUAAGGAACAA